GAAUCCAGUGGAGGUCCGUCGAUACGUUGUGGUUACAAAACAGGCAAAGAUGCAAAAGAAAGCCGGUGGCGGAGUUAUGUCCUUUUUUAAGACAGAAACUGGACGUAAAGUGGUUUUCUAUGCGGCGGGUACAACUGCAACCGGCCUAUUCUUGGCUAACUUUUUACCACACACAUUUGGGCUGAAAUAUUACCGCAAUUUUGUUCAAUGCUAUCAAAAUGGUAUGGAACGUGAAGUGCCGAAGGCAGUGCAGCUACGUAUAGAACAGGCUAUGGAUAAACUGGAAUUGGAUAAGCAUGAGCGUCAGUUUGUCAAACCCUUUACCGUGUUCGGUUUCGAUCUGUUCCAAGCGGGCACAACCAAAUUACGCUUUGGCGCUGCUUUGGGUGUACCCGUAAAUUAUGGUUACGACAGUAUUGGAGACAUCAAGCGUGCAGAUAUACGCUUCCGGGAUAGUCAAAUCGACUGGAGCUCGGACAGCGGCAAACUGUUGGAGCAAGCCAUUGUAUUGACAGAGGAUGAACAAGUCUUUGGGCUGUGCAAAGCUAUUCUGCAGCUGCAAACACAUCGCGUUCUCUUGAACUCAAUUUUCCCGACUUUAAGCUUUUUCAUGGUCUACACGAUUGGACACUUUUUAAAUUUGCGUCUUCAGCUGUUUGCGCGCCAUGGCAGUAUGCGGUUUGUUCUGUACAGCAUUUUAGGCUUAUUUGGCCUGGGCAGUUGGUCCUUUAUGAAGGACUUCAAUCAGGUGGCCGACGAUGCGGACAUUGACAAACGGCUCGCCACACUUGGACCACAAUUUGUAGCCGCUGGCGUUAGUUAUUACGAUAAGCACCUAAAGAAAAAUAUUGCUUUGCGAAAUCUCAUUGGAGAUGACACAUACACGGCUAUGGGCAAUGAAAACUACAUGCUGCGACAGAAAUCCAUGCCACUGACGGCACGCAAAUCCUUUUUCGAGGAGAAAUGGCAAGAGAUGCAAACAGAAGCGACGGCUACACAAUAAAUAAUGUUGUUAUUUAAUAAACAAUUGUUUUAUUAAUU